AAACGAUUGAGAAACUGUCAGACAGUCAGGUCAGAAAAUGUCAGCUGCGUGAGAACAAAAUAAUAGACGUAUUUUUGCGUAAAAUCAAUUAAAUAUCUUCUGUGUUUGUUUUCAAAAUGGGUGCAUUAACAAGUAGGCAAAAUGCUGGUGUAGAAGAAGCAGACGUAGUGUCCAACCAUGCUUACAAAUAUCCUCCUAGAUCAGAUGAUGCAGGUAACUACUUUGGGAGUCACUUCAUCAUGGGCGGCGAGAGGUUUGACACCCCACAGCCUGAAGCAUACUUGUUUGGAGAAAAUGCAGAUUUGAAUUUUCUAGGCAGUAGACCCACACCUAUAUGUCCUCAGUUCCCGUACCCCCCGCCACAGUCUAAUGAGCCUACGAAAACAUUAAAAAGUUUAGUGAAUAUACGCAAGGAGUCUUUACGUUUUGUUCGUUGCCCUGAGCCUGUUGGUAAGCUGGCGGAGAACAAGAUUGGAGACGGGAUGAUCAAAUCCGUGGACAAUAACGGCAAAGGGACGUAUUACAAUAUUGAGUUCACUUUUGACUGUGAUGCAAGAUGUGCCAUUACCGUAUUCUAUUUUUGUACUGAAGAAGUUACUCCCACUGGUGUUGUUUAUUACCCGCGCGAUCCAGCGAUGAAUUCUCAGACAUACCACUACAAGAAGGGUGCAAAUCAGCAGUUCUGUCAAAUUUCACACGUAUUCGACCCGUCCAAACAUCCUGAGGAGGAUUUGGUGUACAACGCAGACAGGGAGAUCAUACCUAUCGCGAUAUACUGUGUCGUUGAUGAAGGACAGGAAGAAAUAAGGCAGUCUCACACGACGAUAGCGGUGGUGGAGAAGCACUCGGACGGCACGUACGUGCUGAAGGCGCUCAAGCAGAAGCUGUUCGUGGACGGCCUGUGCUACUUGCUGCAGGAGAUCUACGGCAUCGAGAACAAGAACCUUGAUACUAAGCCGAGUUCAGACGAGGAGACGGAAGACGGCGGUUCAGAGUGCGUGAUCUGCAUGUGCGACGUGCGCGACACGCUGAUCCUGCCGUGCCGCCACCUGUGCCUGUGCAACUCGUGCGCGGACUCGCUGCGCUACCAGGCCAACAACUGCCCCAUCUGCCGCGCGCCCUUCCGCGCGCUGCUGCAGAUCCGCGCGCUGCAGCGCCGCGCCGACAACGCGCCGCCCGCGCCGCCGCCUACUGAUGGCAGCACAGAGAACAUCCCGGCGGGCUACGAGCCGGUGUCCCUGCUGGAGGCGCUGAACGGGCCGCACCCCGCCCGCGCGCUGCCCGCGCCGCGUCCCGCGCCCGCCAUCGCCAGCCCCGACACCGACACCGCAUCGCAGGCAGCAGAAAUUCUGAACCGUUGCAACUUAGAGCGCAGUUCGUCUACGAGUUUGGGCAGCAGCGGCAGCAGGAAGGCCAAGAGUGGUUCCAAGGAUGACGUCAAGAGUGUACGCGACAGGUCCGCUGCACAAACUGUUACGCCUGAGUUCCGUAUGUCGGUGCUGUUGGCGCGCGAGGAGGAAGCGAAACGCGCGGAAGAGAAGGCGGCCGCCAACAGUCCGUUGUUGUACAACCAUCAUAUCGUUAAUGGAGAUAAGAUCUCUAAGUCGUCCCUGAGCCUGGAGUACGGGUGCGCGGCGGAGGCGUCGGGCUCGGAGGACGAGGCGCGAGCCCCCGCCGAGCCCGACAGCGACGCCGAGCGACUCUCGCCGCUACUCACGCAGCCUACGCCCAACGGGACGGUAUGCAGCGGCGCCGGCGUGUCGCCCAGCGGGUCGGCGCUGCGGCUGUCGGCGCCGACGCUCGCGCACAUCGACGACACCGACACCGACGAGCCCGACAACAAGCACAACUCGAGCGGAACACAGUCUCGUAACGAUGUGGAGUCGCCGGCAGUCGCCGAGGACUCAGAUUAUUUCACGCCGGAAGACACCAACACGACCAUUCUGACCGUUCCUAAGACGAACAAACUUGCAGAGCCGACUAACAAUGGAGAUUGCACUCCCCAGCGCUGGGCCUUACCGCACCACGUCACAUCACUGCCCGGAACACCUCUAAGCCAGUCCAGCGUGCGUUCAUCAGGCGACUCGUACAGCUCGACGUCGUCCACGCGACAGCUACUCGCCCCCGUGGCGGGGUCGCCGCUGGCCACCGACACCGCGUGCUAGCGCCCAAAGCGUCGCCCGCCGCUCUGCCGCCCUACUGAACUGUAUAAUCACGUCGAGUAUACGUUGCCUCCUUACUAACUUCACUUUCAUCUACAGCAUGAGUUAAAAGCAAUAGUACUGUGGUCUUGCAGCUCCUCUAGCGGUCACUAACUGAACAAAAAUUUGCCAUACAAAUAAUUUACAUAGUUUUACAGCACCUCUAGCGCUCAUCUACGGAACUAAAAUUUGCCAUACAAAAAUGUAUGUAGUCGAUUACGAGUAUCGACAAUACUAUUGCUUUUAACUCAUAGUAGAGGUAUAGAUCUUGUCGAGUAUCUCUGCUUGUCCGAAGUUGACUAGUAGUAGCUAGUGGUGACUUCAUGAUAAACAAAUAACAAGAGUACACAUGUACAAGGCUUCAAUGACUAACUUCGGAAAAGUAAGGUAAUUUGGCGGGAAGUGUACACUGUCCGAUGUAUCUUGGCGACACUGCAAUAUCAUUUUUCAGUAUUAGCUCAAAAUUUGAAUACAAACUGACAUUUAAGGGUGUAUGUGAAUUUAGUCGAUAGUUUGUGGUGAAAUUAGCCAAUUUACUGUGCAAUAGAUUUUGUUUCUAAAAGUUCCUUCCUUCACAGAUGUGAAGCUAAAUUUCUAAUUCCAGAGUUGCCAAGAUACCUCCAACUUACGUUAGUAGAAUGCCAUAUUCAACGUAUAAAAUGCUGGUGUAGCGCGUAGUCGGUGAGUUCGCGACCAUAAAUAUCUUCUACUCUUGACUUUCAUAGACAAUACAUGUAUGUACGUAAUAUAUCGGAAAACUGAAUAUUACACUGAAAUUGUGUUGGACAUGACUAAUUAUCUGUAUUGCAGCUAAAAUAAGUUUUAUUUAGGUAUAUUCUGGCAGAUAUAUUAAUGACGUAAAUAAUAAUAAACUCAACCAACCCCCAACAUAGACAAGUGUGCGCUUCGCAAUUCUUUUUUUUGUCCAUUUUGUUUGUAUCUGAACAAAUUGUUGAAAGAAAUUGUAUUACUUUUAUUUUGGUACAAUGGCCCUCAUUAGGCAGGUGAAACCGCGGGAAAUAAUAGUUAAUUAAAGCAAAUGUUUACUUCAGCUUGCCAAGCAAAAUGUAAAUUAUACAGAGUGGGUUGAAUUUAGUUUGUAUAUAUUUGCAUAAAUGACUACACCCACAUCCGUCCCUACUGCAUGUUAUGUGUACUGGAAAUGAAAAACUGUCUAGAUUUUUCUCGACAUUUCAGUUGCCUUUAUGCUCAAUUUAUAUUAUUUAUAAUAGGUAAUAAAUAAAACAAAUAUCAUAUUAUUUUUGUGAACUAUGCAAUAUUAAUAUUAUAGGGUUUGCUUGGGCCAUUGCUCUCUAAAAUGACAUCUAAAUUAAAAUAUUUUGCAAGCAGUCCCAAGUCAGCCAAGAUUUUAUAUAGGUAGUUAGUGUCAAUUUCUCAUAUUAAUAUUAAAUGUAUAGGUUAUUAUUAAUAAAAUAUGCCAAUUUUGGUGUAACAGCUUGUUUUUCUUAUGUGAUGGACCUUCAAGGUAAUGAAUCUAUUUUGUAUGUAAUUUUAAGAAAUAUGCCCAUAUUAUGCAGGCAUUAUGUAAAAUGUAUUUUAUGUAAGAUAUUUGAGGUAUAAUGCAUCAUAAUAGUAUUCCAUCUGAGUGUGUAUACAAUUCAGUAGGACAUUAUUCAUAGACUGAUCAAGAACAUUCCUCUAUUGAAUCUCAAAUGGUAUGAAAUAUGUAACAGUGGUUCAGUUGAGAAUCAUUUCUGUAGGUGUAAAAUUGUGUAUUCUAUCAUAUAGCUGUAAAAAGUGUAUUAUUUCAUUAAAAUAAUCUCUAAUAAUGUAAAA